GCCGAGCAAGCCAACGCCGCCGCCAGCAGCAGCGAAACCCAGAGCCUGCAGCCUGCCAUGGCCCACCGGCGAGCUCCCUCCCAGCAGGCUGAGCCCACGUUAGACCCCGGUCAGGAGCUGGCAUGAAGACUGACACACAAUUUCCAAGAAUAUGUGUGUAAAUUGUUUAAUAAAGUUGGAGAAGUAGGGAACACCUCCCCCCUCUCCCCAUCACACACACACAGUGGUGAUUUCUUCCUGGUGUGAUAAGAAUGAGAGAGAGAGAGAGAGAGAGAGAGAGAGAGAGAGAGAGAGAGAGAGAGAGAAUCAGGAUCUGUACCAAGGAUUCUUCUAGCUGUGUGUGAGGAGGCGUUGAGACAAAUUCCAUGGCAGUUAGAAAGUAAACUGGCUGCCAAGAUGGGGAGGAAGGAACAAGCCAUGACCCUCUACAGUCCUGAGGUCUCCAAAGUAAAAGGGAACCGGAAAUACCAAAGGCCCACCCUUCCUACCAACAAACAAUUGAUGUCAGCCCGGAAGCGGCAGCAGUACGUGGAUCAGGCAUUCACCUACACCCGGAUGUUCUGUGGCAGCCUCUCUGGCCUUAGCAUCCUGCUGCUCAUCAUCACGGCCCCACUGAGCUGGGUGCAGUUCCUGGUGACCAACAAUGGCCUUGAGCUCUACGCGGGACUCUGGACCGUAUGCCACCAUGAGCUGUGCUGGAGCCACAUACCCAAGCCACCCUAUUACCUCGAAUAUUCCAGGGCCUUGUUCAUUAUCUCUGUCCUCUGCAUGGUUACUGGCCUUGGCUUGCUCUUCAGCUCUUGCCGCCCUACAGAAGGAAUUGUGUCAGCUGAGUUGGAUCUGAAGGUGUCCAUCCUCAGCUUCUGCUCAGCUUUCUGCUUGCUCCUCUGCCUCAACCUGUUUCUGGCCCAGGUUGAAUGGUACACAACGAGCGCCAUGGAGUCCGUGUUCCUGUGGGCCUAUUAUCUGAAUUGGUGCGGUGACGUCCUGCAUGUCUGUGCUGGGAUCGUCUCUUUUCUCAACUAUGUAACUUUCCAAUCUCACCCUCCUGAUCCAAGUGUCCGUAUGACCCCACAGCAGAAGUCCAGGCCGGGCUUCGGGCCAGUGCCAACAACAGCCCCUGCUGCCACUGGAAAGUCAAGUCCUGAGAUGCAAUUUCUAAGUGGGAGAGGAGAGAGACAACCAAGUACGAGAGGGGAGAGACAACCAAGUACGAGAGGGGAGAGACAACCAAGUACGAGAGGGGAGAGACAGCCAAGUACGAGAGGGGAGAGACGACCAGGCAUGAGAGGGGAGAGACAGCCAAGCACGAGACUGUGAUAGAAAGAGGAAAGGCCAAAUUCUGCUGUCUUACACACAGAGGUGGGCUAAGUGAGAAAUGAUUGUGCAAAUUCCAUGAAACCUUCUGAUAUCAUGUCCAUAGGAGCAUUAAAGCUAGCGAAAUGUC